AUGACUGGUAUUCGGCGUAAUUACCGUAAAAAAUUUGAGGACAUCUUUGCCGAAUAUUCUGUAAAAUCAGCAGCCGAGGCUAAAACCAGAUGGGUAUUAAGAACAGACUGGAAGCCAAGGCCUAUGCUUGUUAUUCGUGAUUCUGGCCGAGUUAAAGCAUUUAUAACGGAUCUAGAUCAACUACGAAUUACGUCGUAUCAACGACAAUCGUCAGCAAGACGUAAUACCAGUCAUAAGACAAAAAAACGAGCCGCCGGCAAAGGCUUUCGUUAUAAUGACAAAUGA